UAUUAUUCACAUAUUCGGUCACUCUGUAUUUGCCUCAGUGAAGUCCUGGAUACUGAAGAACAAAGUGAAAUAAGGACAUAACACCGGGAAAAUGAAGCUCGUUGCCUAUUGCUCUUACUUUGCAAUACUCUUUGCAGGUGUUGCUGCGAUGCCCCAGUCGAGAAACGUUGGUCAGUUUGGAGUAAUGAUGGGAUGUCUUCUUGAUAUGGGGACAGUAGAAGCUGGUCUUGAUUACAAUGGAUAUGGAUGCUACUGUGGGCUUGGUGGCCAAGGUAUCCCUCUUGAUGAUACUGAUAGGUGUUGUCAGACCCAUGAUGAUUGCUACACAGCUGUACAAACAAGUGACAUGUGCCGUGGAUACAACCAAGCUUACGUCAUUCCCUACAACUACCAAUCCUUACAGUGUGGAACCUACAGAGCACAGAUCGUGUGUUAUGACGAAAGCAGUUAUGACGUAGACUACAAGUACACUGGUUGUGCCAUAGCAAUGUGUGCUUGUGACAAGGCUGGUGCGGAAUGCUUCCGUCGUAAUAGACCGACUUAUAACAAGGAUUAUAAGCGAUAUGACAAGGAUAGCUGCUGUGAUUCCAUCACCAUGAAGAUCCUUGCAUACUUCGUUUGCUUUUCUCUUUUUGCAGGUUGUAUGGGUAUUCCUCAUACUACACAUUUGGGCCAGUUUGGAAUGAUGAUAAAGUGUCUCCUCGGAAAGAGUGUAAUAGAAGUCGGUCUUGACUACAUCGGCUACGGAUGUUACUGCGGCUUUGGUGGUGAUGGUGAACCGCUAGAUGACACAGAUAGAUGUUGCCAGGUCCAUGAUGACUGCUAUACUGCCGUACAGUUCAGUGGAAUGUGUCGAGGCUACAAUCACGCCUACAUCAUCCCAUAUAACUACCAAGCCUUGCAGUGUGGGACCUAUAGAUCCGAGAUCAUGUGCUUGGGAGAAAGCAGCUACGAUCCGGAUUACCCCUACACCGACUGUGCCAUGGCAAUGUGUGCCUGUGACAAGGCCGGUGCGGAAUGCUUCCAUCAAACAAGACCAACCUUUAAUCCAGAAUACAUCAGAUAUUUCCAGAAAAGAUGUUUGAACUAAUCGGGACCUAGUUACACAAUGAUGAGUUAUUGAUUGGUAGCAUGAUAAAAUUGAUUUGUAAGACUGCUUGCACAUGAUGAACC